AGACUUUGACCCAAAGUUUGAAUGCGCGCAUUUUGUAUCAAUGCCAAUGUCUCAAGAAUAGUUUAUCAAAACUGGAAAAUACGAAUUCCAUGCCUCCUAACAAUGAUGCCCUCGGGUCUUUUCACAUUACUGUCGGGUCCGACUUUAUUAUCCUGGUGUUCUACUUGAAAGAGGCUACUGCACAAUGUCAGUAAAGGAAUCAUUAACGAGCUUUAUGGGUGGAACCAUUCUCAGUUACUUUGUUGACGUUAGUAAAUGUCAUCAAUACUUGGAUCCCAGCGUAAACGUGACGUCAUUCUAUGGGAGAGAAACGGACGCCUAUAUAAUCUAUUUCAACCAAACAAGCUGGCAUUUCUAUCUAUCAACUGAGAAUUACAUUGACGGGAAGCAAUUUAAUCUCUCAACACCCGUCAUUCGAUUGCUGGGAACCUAUAUUACUCCAUCUGGAAAUGUAACUGUCAAUGUUAUUGACCUUGGCCCUGAUGGAUCUCAACUCUCCAGCGGUUUUAUGGAGUGUCCAGGCAACGAAGAAAAGCCAGGUAUUGAAUUAUUAGCAGGGCAGCGGAAUAAAACCUCACUGGCAACGGUAGCAUCAAUUAAGACAGCUUUACACACCGGGGUUGAGCUGUCCUACUCAGCCAACUUCAGCGACUGCAUGUUAUCGAGACUCAGUGAACCUGUUGCUGUUUUGAUCAUCGGGGGUGUCAUCAAAGAGAUUGAAGAAGACGGUCGUGGUGGUUAUACCUUCAGUCAAAUGACACUUCCAGAAGGGUCGGCUUUAUUAGUCAAAAUCCUGAUACAGGAAACAGGGACGGUCGUGGGAAUAAUUAGUGGAAUAUCCCACCACUGGAUUUGUACACUUGGAAAGACAUUCAAAAUAUACGCUCAUUAAACGGUUUUAAUUUGUUUGGUCGCCAAAGAUACAUGUGGACAUACACAUGCAUCCUCACUAGAAAUGUUAUGUACCAACGGAAAAAAAUAACUGUGCUUCAUAUAAUG